AUGGCUUGCGGAAAAGACCGGGUGGAGGAGGGGUUGAAUCCGGGGAGAAAAGACGAGCGAUACCAGGGAGACGCGCUAGGAGCUCCGCACAUUGCGGUGGAGAAUGCGACGGCCAUGGCUGGUCAGGUGAAGAAUUUGUCUCAGACCAGUUUUUGCUGGUGUACCAGACGAAAGACGUCGAAAGGGUCCAUCCUGUCGGUGCACAUCGCCAAGGAGGCCGGUCAGCUGGUCUUCUUCGUGAACAGCCCGUGGUGUCCCAAGCGCAGCAGCGGGAAAGAUGCCGGACUAUGGCAGCUGCUCUCCAAGGCGCCGCGGUACGACUCGCCGUUCGCCAACAACAGCCUCAUGGACCGCCUGCUGGGCGAGAUCAUGGCGCUGGAGGACUCCUUCUGCAGAACCCCAAGGCUAGGGAGUGGUGGAGGCAGCAGCAGUGGGCGGCACAGGAGGGUGAAGUGGAGGUCGCUGGACGCGUUUGUGCGCCGCCUGCACGCCAGGCGAAGGGCGCUCUCGCACCUGCACCCGCCUCCUCACGGCCUCUGUGGCUGUGUUACCCUUGAAGUCAGCUGGAGCGACGUGCGUGGCCUCAGAUACGAGAAUGAACUGCAGGCGGAAGCCAAUUUGGCGAUGGAGGUGACGCGAGUGGUAAAGCGCGAGUUUGACUCGUUUGACCAGGCGGUGCGUGCGCAUGCCCUGCGCCUCUACCCCGCCACACCUUCCCAUGGGAACACACCCUUGCAUGGAAACACUCCCCUGCAGGGGACCAACGUCUCCCACGCCUCUGUGCCUGCUGCCAGUCCACGUGUCUCCGCUGGUCUGUGGAUGGGCGGGAGGACGUUCAGUGGGAACCGGGUAGGACCAAAGUCUCCUCUUGGGGCUGCUGCUGCUGCUGCUGUUGCCUGUGGCGGCGGUGGUGCUGCUGCUGGGAGUCUUGGAGCAGUGUACAGCACUCCUGCAAGCAGUUUCGCUGGAAGCAGCAGACUAGCUGCUGCUGCUGCUGCUGCUGCUGCUGCUGCUGCUGCUGCUGCUGUUGCUGCUGCUGCUGCUGCUGAUGGUGCUGGUGAUUCUGCCCAUGCUGGUGUUGCUCGUGCUGCUGCUUUCGGCGCUGAUGCUGCUUGUGGCAGUGGCUUGUGGAGCAGGCAAGGCCAGAUGUGCAUCACCAGUCCCAUUUGCAGUCCUAGAGAAGCGUUCGGGAGUUCUCAAAAGCUAGCUAAAAAAGCGCUCUUUCAUGAACCGCAGGCCCCCCCUCUACACCAACAGCAGCAGCAACGCCAGCAGCAGCAGCAGGCAGGCACAAGCCAGUCCAGUUCGGACCAGCACGCAUGGAUGAGUGACUCCAGUGAGAGGUUUUCAGAGGGUUGCAGUGAGGUGGGCUUGCUGGACACCGAAUUUGUCUUCCACGCUCAACCAGAGGGUGAGUGCUGCGAUGAUAGCAGAGGUCGGGAGCUGACGAAUGGUGGUGCGACAGAGGGGAGAAUGCCAAAGGGAAACGAACCUGCUUGGCUGUUAGAGAAUGGGAGUGGUGGUGCGGCAGACGAGAGGGAGUCCUUUAUGAGCGUAGAGCCUAGCUAUGUAUCCUGCUGGGAAAAUGAGUCGCCUUUGUAUAGUGGGAGUCGAUCAACCAUACAUGAUGACGUGGAAGCACAUUCACCGUGCAGUGUACAUGAUGAUGUGGAAGCAGAUGGGGUGGAAUCAAGUACGUGUGAGUAUAUUGAUGCAGAGCCACGUCAUACCUCAGAAAGCUGGGAGGAGGUGAAGGCAGAGGCACCACGUAGUGUACAUGAUGACGUGGAUACAUUAGGGAUGGUAUCUAGUCGUACGCAUGGAGAGAUGCUAGCAGAUGGGGUAGCAUCCAGUGUACAUGAUGACGUGGAAGCAGAGGGAAUGGCAUGGAGUGUUUAUGAUGACGUGGACCCGGAUGAAAUAGUAUCGAGCGUGUAUGAAGAGGUGGGAGCAGAGGAGGAAGCAGAGGCCUGGGAUAGUCCAGAGGGCUGGGAGGAGGUAGAGGCGGAAUCAGCACUGACUGUCAGUGAUGGAAGGGGCGAAGAUGGGGAAGUGUCAAGCGUGUUUCACGAGGUGGAAGCAUAUCCAAUGGAAGCAGAUUCAGCAGAAGCAGAGUCAGCGGAAGCAGAGUCAGCGGAAGAAGAGUCAGCGGAAGCAGAGUCAGCAGAAGCAGAUUCAGCGGAAGCAGCAUUGGCACUGACUGUACAUGGUGGUGUGGCACGAGAGCUGUUCCCCAGUAUUCUCAUUCCUCGCCGCCUCUUUGUGAGCACCAGCUACUGCCUGAGCGACGAUGGGGAUGUGUGUGGUGAUGAUGGUGACGGUGGCAGUGGUGAUGUUGGCUGUGACGAGUGUGGAGAUACAUUCAACUAUGAUGAGUACGAGGAGGAGGAAGAGAAUGAGGAGGAGCAGGAGGAGUGGGAGGAGGAGGACGAGGAGGAGGAGAAUGAGAGGGGUGAAUCUUUUGAUGACAGCUGCGCCCGAACCCCUCCCACCCACCUCACCUACCCCUCCACCCUCCUCUCCUCUCCCAAACCCCUCCUCCCAGCCCCUCGCACCUCUCCCACCACCAUCACCUACCCAGACACCCUCCUCCUCUUCCGCUUCACCCACCCACACCUCCCCGCCGCGCUCGCUGACGUCAUCACCACCGACCAGCGCCUGCUCCACCAAUUAGAAUCCGGCCUGCCUGCCUGGGCCGUUUUCCUCCAAUCCUGCGCCGGCCUCUCGGCCCUCUACCGCCCCUGGAUGCGCCCGCUCGUCGGGUACGCGUGCUUUAUAGUCUCCCUCGUUACAGUCCUCAUCGGAUUCUACGACCUGUAUAAGAACAUCCCGGUGCUACAGGAAAUGCUGGCGCGGAUGCUGGGGCCAAUAUGCCCUCGGGAAACUGGUUACCAGCAGCGGGCAGUUACUCGGUUACGCCAUGCGCCCGCUGUGGCUGCUGGGGCAGCACACACUCGUCCCGGUGUGGCAGUUACUGCAUGCAUGCUACCUGGCUGUAUACUCCACCGGAGCAACCAUCUCCAAAGGCUGUCUGCUGCUCUAUCAGCUCCUCUCACAGGCCUACAGCUGCUCUGUUCUGAAGCUGGUACAGCUGCUGUCUUCACUAGUAUCUUCUCGCGUCUCCUUCCUGUACAGCAACCUCCUGCUGCUGUAUCGGCUUCUCGCACAAGCAUGCAGCAGCAGCGUGUGGAGAGUGUCUCAGCUGCUGUCGGCUCAGCUGUCGUUUGUGUAUACUCAAGCUGUGCUGCUGGGCCGGCUGCUUGGGAUGCUUCUUCACCCGCUGCUGCUCCUUGCUCGUACCCUCUGGGCCAUAGGUCGAGCCAUCAUCUUGCCUCUAUACCAAUUCAUCCACCUUCUCCUCACGCCUCUCCUCUCCGCCCUCCUCUCUCUCCUCAAGCUCCCCCUCCAGCUGCUCCGUGUGCUGCUGCAGCUCGCCUCCUUCCUCUACUCCACCUUUUCACACUCACUCUCCCACUCCCUCACGCUCUCCCUCGCCUCCUCCCUCAAAUCCCUCUCCCUUCACUUCACACACUUUUCCAAUACCCUCUCGCUUCACCUUCCUUCAUGUGGAUCUUCAAGGGCGUUGGCUCCUUCGUAGCUGCUGCUAACAGACACCGCCUCAGUGUCUUCCUUGCCCCUUGUUCCAUCCGCAACUUCACUCCCCGCCAGCGUGCAGCACUAUGUGCUUGCAGCCUGUGUGCCGCUCCUUCCCUCCCUUUCCCAGGCACACAGGCUGCAAGCCCGACUCCUCCAGGAGGCCAUUCGGCAUGCCCCGGCGGCAACUGCGCAGUAGAUUCUCAUGUAUAUCCCCCCCUCUCCGUCCCCCCUUGCUGCCGUUCCCUCCCCACCAGCUCGCAGCACUAUGUGCUAUCCCAGGCACACAGGCUGCAAGCCCGACUCCUCCAGGAGGCCAUUCGGCACACCCAGGCAGCUGUGCUCAAACUUCUCAUAUAUCGUCCCCCUUCCUCCCCUCCCCUUUUCUCCCCUCUCCUUUCCUCCCCUCCCCCUCUCCCUCUCCACACUCACACCAUUCACUCCCCACCAGCACGAGGCACUAACACGCGGCACUAUGCGCUGUCCCAGGCGCGCAAGCUGCAAGCCCAGACUCUGCAAGCCGCUCAGCACACCCAGUCAGCAGUGCUCAAGUUCGGCCGCAAGCUGCUUGCUCCCCGACGCGUUCCCUCCGCACCACCUCGAGAAAUCUCGGCUUCAGCUACUGCUGCACCUCGAGAAAUUCUGGCUGCUGUCCGACCAGCGGCAACUGCACGAGUCGAGAAUCGCGAGGAGGAGGAGCAGGGGGGAAGGGGAGGGGGGGUUCCAGGGGCUGUCGUCACUCGUGAAGGGCCUGAGGAGGAGUUUUGGGAUGCCCGAGAGAGCAUCUCUGAUGGGGGGCCUGCGGAGGGUUGUGAGGAGGAAUCUGAUUCCGAAUGGGACAAUUUUGAGGAGGGAGGUGAUAUGGACGAUGAGGGGGAUGAGGAGGAUAACGAGGACACGAAGGCUUAUGGAGAUCACCAUGAGGUGGAGGAAAAGGAGGAGGAGGAGGAGGAGGAGGAGGUCUAUGAGGAUGCUCGGAGCGAUGCAUUUGAAAGCGCCUUCCAUGGAGAGGCCUUGGAUUAUUAG